CUCAGUGAAUGGCAAUAAAUGCAGCUGCUAACAAUAACAAUAAAGAACAGAUUUUAAGGCGUGAGCGUGAGUUUAAGGAUUUGAGUUAUGGACAAAGAUAAGCUGGUUGUGCCCAAUCAAAUUGGUUACUUAAUACUAAAGGAUGAUGGAGCAGUGCUGGAGUCGGGUGGCGACUUAAAAAAUGAUGAGCGAAGCGCAAAUGUAAUAAUGGGGCUGCUGAAUCUAACCGAAAGCAUUGAUGACAACUUUAUUGCUAACAAUAGCUGUGAACGUAUUAGUAUUGAUUACGAGCAUCACAGCUACAGCAUAUGCAUGUCAAAUCGUCAUAUUUAUAUUGUAAAAUUUAGUAAAGGCCAAAAUGGAGCAACCACCAGUUCGUCGUCCUCGACGAGCGUGUACAAUGACGCCAACAAUGAGCUGACCGCGAGUAGUAGUACGGUGAUGGCUUGAAAGGAACAACCACAGAGGCAGCUC